AUAAUAUAAAAAUAAAUAUCGCUUACGACUUAAAAUAUUUAUUUUAAAUAAAAAAUGUUAGUAAGAUUAUUACUAAUCUUUAUCAGUUUACUUACAAUAUAUUUGUGGUCUAAUAUUAAUAAAUAUAAAUUAUAUUGGAAACUUGGAGGACCAUUUGGAUUACCAUUUCUUGGAAAUGUUUUAAAAUUUAUGCAAGUUGAAUCAUUUUUGAAAAAUUUUAGCGAAUUUGAAAGUAAACAUGGAUCUCCAUAUUGUUGUUGGCUUGGUUCAAUUUGCUUUGUAGUAAUAAGUGAUCCUGAUGCAAUGCAAACAAUUCUAACAUCUGAAAAUUGUACCACAAAAACUUUUUUCUAUAAAUUUUUGAGUAAAUAUAUUGGUGAUGGCUUAUUUACCUCGAGUCCUCCAAAAUGGAAUAACCGCGUAAAAUUUAUAAAGCCAGUCUUUAAAAAUAAAGUUUUAGAAAGUUAUUAUCCGGAAUUCAACAAACAAGGAGAUUAUUUUUUGCAAAUUUUUAGCGAAAACAUGGAAAAUAAAAAUUUUUCAAUUUUUAACAUUCUUAAAAAUGUAACCUUAAACAUAACACUGCAAACUCUCGUAGGCGAUUAUAGUAAAAAUAAAAUUGAUGAAACCGAUGAAAUUCUUUUAUCAGUAGAAAGCAUGAAACAAUUAAUUAUAAUAGUGUAAUGCAUGCCAUGAUACAUCGAACUUAUAGUCCUUGGUUGUACAUGGAUUUUCUGUAUGAGAAAACUGGAAUUUAUAAAACAACAGUAAAAAAAG